CUCUUCUUCUUGCUCUCAUAUCCCGGCACAAGCCACCAUCGCUGCUGGCAACCAUGGCGUUAUCCAACUGGGCAGCAUAUUUGAACAGGUCAACAAAGCUGCUCAGAGACAGCAGCAUCAAAAUACUUCGUAUGGAAGGCGCAGACGGGCCUUCAAGAGCACCUUUGACGCUCUUCAGGUUGAACUCUAAACAGGACAUCGAACAGUUCGCGACUGGGUGCGAUGCAGAUAUUGGUGGCACGUCCACUGUCCAUUUGGAACUUGACGAGCCCCCGGAGCGUGUCAAAGGCAGUGGGAACACAUCUGUAGGUCGGUUUUGGGGUGAGAUGAGACUGGACGUCAGACCGGAACUGCAAGGGCGAAUCAGAGGUGGAUAUGCUGGUUUUAGGUCCAAGCCCCGCCCGACCCUCUUUGGUGAAAUGGUCGACGACGUCUCAAAUCACCAAUUCCUUGCACUGAGGCUACGUCUCGGUGGUGAUCCCCGGUUGCGCAACUCGUAUUUCGUGAACUUACAAACUGACGGGCCGAUCACAACGGACCUGUGGCAGCACCGGCUCUACUUCCAACGAAACGAUGGUGGCUGGGAAGAUGUAUUUAUACCGUUUGAGAACUUUAUACUGACGAAUACGGGUGAAUUGGUGCAGCAUCAAAUUGCGAUGAUGCGCGAACGGAUACGGACGGUUGGGAUAUCACUACUUGGGGGAAAUAGCGGUGUUUCGGGUUCGUAUGACCUUGGCAUUGACUCCAUACGGGCGGUGAAUGAGGAAGACGUGACGCGACCUCCGUUGAUAGAAAAGGAUCCAUCCCAUGGCAUUUGA